AUGAUAUUCAAUAGAAGUGUUUAUCUUAUCAUCUUUCGACGUUUUGCUGUUAUUCACCAUACAAAUAUUUUAGCAUUUUUCACAUCAUCUGUGUUGAUAAAUUUAGGUGAAUCAAUGAAAAAACUUAUAGAUAAACAAAAAUAUCAAGAAGCUUUAGAUCUUUUUAAUCAUAAUUCAACAUCUAUAUCAGAUGUUGCUAUCAGUUUAGCUUUAAAAGCUUUGACUUGUGGCGAUGAAGAUAAUGCAUGUCGUAUAUUUUGUGAAACUAAAAAUAAAACACCAAGUGCAUAUGGUGUUAUGUUUAAAGGUAAUUAUUAA